UGGAAAUUACGAGUGUUCACGUCGAUAAUUUGGGCUUUUUUGUACAUACAUUCAUUGAACCCUUACCCACGCAUUCGAUAUCGAGUCGCAAAUCUCUCGCUCAACUCACUCAGUCACUCAUUUUCUCAUCUUAUUCGUUUCAUCGUCAUUUUUUAUGAGGAUAUAAGCUCGGAACCAUGUCAGCAUACACAUCGGAGAACCCGGUUCUCAUCCACGAAGGCCCUCGCGGCCCCGCGAUGUGGAUGUUACAACAACCCCGCGCCCCGCUGUUCCUCGUCCACGAUGGCGGCGGUACCAAUUUUAGCUACCAUUUGCUAGACCCGCUCGACCGUCCGCUCUGGGGCGUCGAAAACGCCAAGCUUCAUGCCGGCGGUUGGUGGGAGGGCGGAAUCCCCGAGAUGGCCGCUCAUUACAUCAACCUCAUAUCCAGAGUCAUGCCCGAAGGUGGUGAUAUCAUUUUGGGUGGUUGGUCGUUGGGGGGACACCUCUCCCUGGAGAUGGCCCACCAGAUUGCUGUAGCGGGGCGAAACGGGAGUAUCACAUGCGGUAGUGAUGCUGGCAGCAGUGACAAGAGCAGCCGCACGGGUAGUCCGGCAGCUCCUCAAUUUCGAGUUUUGGGUAUGAUCUUCAUCGACACAGUCUUUCCCACCCAGUUGGAGAUCUUACGCGGACCUCCCGCCCCCGAACCUGUGUUCCUAUCAUCCAUGGAAUCUAAAGCUAUGAAGCUCAAGGACAAGGUGAACCUGAACAUGACACAUGCCCGCAUGAUGGUGCAGUCGUGGGACAUGCCGCAGUGGGAAGAUGGCUUGAAAGUUCCGCCAACAAUCCUCUUACGCGCCAAGGAGUUUGUCAGCCGCGACCCUUCCCAGACCUUCGUCGACUAUGUCAGAGAAUACCCUCUCAUCGGUUGGGAAGAGUACAAUGAGAAGCACGGCAACUUUAUCAUUGAAGUUGUUGAAGUAGAAGGCCACCACUUCUCCAUCUUCUCAUUCGAACACAUCGAGGAUGUUUCCAAGAAGAUCAGACGUGCGGCUGAUAAACUAGAUCAGCCAGAGUUUUAAUACCUACCUAAUACCUACCUACAUAGUAGUGCCUACCUAGAUGAUAUACGACUUUACGAUUCUCUCGUGCCUGACACCUCCUGACAUGGUGAUUCAUGUUCGGUGUUUGGGUGCGGGUUGCGUCUACUUGCAUUAGAUUUGAUACUGACUUACGAAGUUUUUAUUUAGAGUCGAGGCUAUAUCCGACUUA